UAAAUAAAACCGACAUCAAGUCACUUGAUCCCACUUGAUUUACAGUACUCGUUUAUUUAAAUAACUCUCAAUACCCGCGUUCCUAACAGUCUAGUUGUCAAAUCACGAGUUACGAGUCACGUGUCCCGAAUCGCGAGCCGCGAGAUAUUUUCAUAAUUUAAUUUCCACUGGUAAUUUUUUCCAGUCUUGCCAUGGACUUGACGAAAGUAAUCAGCAGUAAAUUCAGUGAAGAAAAUUUGAAAAAUAUUUUAAGCAAAGCAACAGGUAACGUCAACGUUUCUUUGACUGGAUGGAAAUUCGAAGCCGGAUCAGCCAAAGGCGACAACUAUCUUUCAGUUGUGCAUCGCGUGCAAAUAGACGGUCUGGCUGACGGUAAAAAAAUCCAGACGAAAGUCAUCAUCAAAACACUGCCACGUAAUGUCGCGACACGUAAAACUUUUCGCAGCUCCGAGUUGUUCGAAAACGAAAUAAAUUUCUACAGCAAGGUUAUUCCUUUGAUGAAAGAAUUUCUGGAGACUAAGAAUCUGAAGCAUUUGCUGCCAGUUCCCCAGUGCUGGGAUUUUCACUUCGAUGGCGACAAUGAUUUCAUUGUUUUGGAAGACAUCACGACCCGCGGAUAUGGACACGUUGCCAGACAAGAUCCAUGGAAGCCUCAAGACAUCCAGGUGAUUCUAAAAACGCUCGGACAAUUCCACGGAAUAUCAUUCGCGUUCAAGGAUCAGUGUCCUGAGGUUUUUUCUAAGAUACCAAAAAUUCUCAAAGAAUGUUUCUAUGGAACUGAGGAACACUGGGCGUGGUACGGAGAGUACUACACUGAGACAGUGAAUGUUGCCAAAGACGCGGUAUCUAAAGAGUACCCAGGAACGGAGGAAGAAAAAAAAUUUACUGCAAUACCCCCACGUUACUAUUUUGAAAAAGCCAUGGAAAUUUCCAGACAAACUGAGGCUCCGACGUCUGUCGUUACUCAGGGCGACUCUUGGGCAGCGAAUUUCAUGCUGCGACUUGAUCCCAAAGACUCCAAAGAACCACCGGCUAUUUUGCUGGACUUCCAAUUAGCGAGAUGUUCUAGUCCUGUUACAGAUAUCGCGUAUUUUCUGUACACUAGUACCGAUAAACAAACACGGGACACUCAAUUUCAAGAACUUCUCAAGUUUUAUCACGGAAAUCUAAUCGAUACAAUUUUAUCUCUGGGUUCUAAAGUUGAUUUGUAUCCAUGGGAUUUAUUUUUACAAGAGGUCAAGGAAAAAUUUGUCCUGGGAUUUGGAUUUUCAAUCGAAGCUUUGCCGGUCAUGACGAUGGACGCAUCAGAAGCAUUCGACAUCGAAGACAUUGAAGGCACUGAGGCCAUAAGUAUUUCAAAAGUUUGGAAAGUCAAGCCGAUAACGUGCGAAAAACAGCGUAAGCGCGUUGCCGACGCUAUGGUUCAUGCGAUUCAUCAAGGAUUUUUUUGCGGGAAAAUGACUAAAGACCAGGAGAUUUUAAAAAGUAUUAGCAAACUAUUUACGGAAAAAACAUUAGAAAAUGUCGUAAGAAAAGCAACUGGUGAAAAUGAUAUCGAAAUAAUUGAUUGGAAAAGCGAGGAAGCUUCUGCGAAAGGCGACAGCUAUUUGUCAACGGUAACGAGAAUCACAAUUGAAGCGAUUGUCAAUAAUAAGAAAAACGAUUUUAAAGUUGUCGUGAAAUCAUUGCCGGAAAAUUUGGGCCGCAGGAAAACUUUUCGCAGCACGGAAUUUUUCAGAAACGAGAUAACAUUUUAUUCAAAGGCGAUGCCGUUGUUCAGGUCGUUUUUGGAACCUAGAAAGCAGAACCAUUUGCUGUUGGUGCCCGAGUGCUACGCGUUUGAGCUCGACGGGGAAAAUGAUUUCAUUGUACUGGAGGAUGUGACGGUUCGGAAUUUCGGACCCGCGUCGAGGAAAAGUACUUUGAGUAUCGAGGAAUUUAAAUUGAUACUGAAAGCGAUGGCGAGAUUUCAUGGGGUUUCUUUUGCGUGCAAAGCUGAUGAUGAAGAAAAGUUUUAUAAUGUCGCGGAUUUGUUGAAGGAAACUUAUUUCAGUGAUGAUCAUUGGGACUGGUAUAAAAAUUUUCAGAAAGUGGCAAUAAAAAUUGCAAAGGACGCGAUGGAAAAAGAAUACCCAGGGACAGAAGAACAGAAUAAAUUUUCGCGCAUACAGGGCACUGAGUUAUGGAAAAAAAGCGUCCAAGUGUGCGGGCAAACUAGAACACCAUCAUCAGUAAUAAACCAAGGAGACGCGUGGGCGCCAAAUUUCCUAAUGCGGAGCACCGAAACCGGGGAAAAAGAAGCUUUGCUUCUAGACUUCCAGCUCGCGAGAUGCACCGGCCCGGUUUCCGAUCUCUCAUUCUUCAUUUACUCGUGUUCGGAUGCCAAGUUACGCGAGGCAGAGUUCGACAAUCUCCUGGAAUUUUACUACGAGCAUCUGUCCGCUACCAUCAAGACCCUCGGCGGCGAUCCCCUUAAAAUCUACUCCCGCGAAACGUUUUUCGAACAAGUCCAGAGUGAAUUCGGGCAUGGGCUAAAUUUCUGCUUGGAGUCAAUUCCCCUGAGCACUUUAGAGGAAAACGAACUCUUUGACCUGGACGGCAUCAAAGGCGACGCCGUUGAUCUAUCGGAUGUUUGGAAACUCAAGCCAAUUGAGAAUCAAGAAAACAGGAAACGACUCGCGGAUGUUAUCAUGCACGCGAUCAAACGCAAUUUCAUAUAA